CCUAGAUCGGCCGAGCGCGCGCUAUGGGCUUCAGUCGUUUUUGGUUUCUGGGCGGCAGCCUGGCGAAUGGCUGGGGCCGACGAGUGUUGCGACUGUGCUUGAACGGCUAGUGAACCAUGGCAGAGCUCAAAGUAGUGUUGUUAGAGAAGAAACGAGUACCAGAAAUACAGGAGCUUCAACUUUGUCUUCUUCAACAAACAAAGAUCCUGCUGUCAACAUUCAUCAGCGCUCGAGUAGAACUACACCAGUUCUUGUUGUAGCAGAGAACAAGAUGAGCAAAAACAGUAGUCCAAAAAACUACAAUGGACACGAAGAAGAAGGAGGAACGUCGUCAGAUCUGUUUACUGCAAGUAGUGCGACGUCUGCAAGUAGCACCGGGCGUAUGGCCAUGUCUAGGAGCUACGAGCAGACUGCGGGAAGCUUUCAGGUCUACAUAGUUAAGGUGCCGUGCGCGUUUUUUGAUACUAGAAGUGAUGUCUAGUCUGUAGUACCGAAUGCUGUAUGUUUGGACACUUGUUUUGAUUUGUUGUUGAGCAACAAACUUUUCAUGCCCGGGAUCACUGGAGUCCCAGCCCUACUACCUUUACUUCUACUUCUAGAAGGUGGACGCAUUUUCCACCAGGAACUACUAUUUACAAUUCUAAUACGCAUUAUGAUGGUUGCAUUUACUUGGACGAGAUAGCGCGGUUGAGUGGCAAGCAGGCUUCUUCCCCAGGGACAGGCAGGAUAAGAAAUUCUACAGAGGGCGGAAAGCAUACGCAACAGACCUUAGUUUCAGUCGACGAAAAGUACCUGGACCAAGGUAGUAAGGAAGAAGAUGCGUCGCCCGGACGACCAAGAAGUGUGCUAGGUACUCGUUGGCCACGGAGUGUUUUGCUUCUGCUCCCAUUCCAGAAGGGCGUGGGCGAAUACAUGGAUGUGGGGGCGCAGAAGGAGGUCGCGCAAUUCCUGCAGAAUCCUUAUUCUUAAGGCCGCAACCAAGAGAGCAUCCUCAACACCAUUCUUGGCCUCUUUUUCAAGGGGAAAAGGGCCCAGGGAUGGCCUCGGGGUUGCGGCGCGGUGGCUCUAAUAUUCCCUGGGCUUGCUUUCCGGACGGCCACGGAAGGCGCACUACUUCGUAGGAUGCUUGGAGCAACAUUUGCUCGUACACUUAGACCCUCACACAGUGCAAGAGGCCGCUUUGAAUCUGCGACAGCCGACGCGCACAUUUUCAGACUCAGGAGGGAGUCGUAAUCCGAGUGAACCUGUAAGACGGAAAAUGCUUUUGACCCC